AUGGACAGGAGCUGGUACGACAGGGUUGUGCUCGCAGAGAACUCGACUAACAUCACAAGCUCUGAACCCUGGGAAUUCCCGGACUAUCCCGUCACAGAGUCUGAGUGGGAGCAGUGGGAGAUCAGCCAUGGGAUGCCGGCAGAAUGCGAGCCAAUGGAGGAAGAGUCGGUAGCGCCUGAUGGGACCAAGGUGAAGACUUACUACGCCGACUGCUCCAAGCGAGCCGGCCACAAGUCGACUCUUGCUGCGGUCUCUCGCCAACAGCAGAAGGAGGCGUCUUUGAACCGCCUCAAGAUCAAACAAAACAACAUCCGGUUCCAAUCUCCUCCUGCUCCUGCUCCUGCUCCUGCUGUUCCUCCCGCGCUCCUCCCGUUGGGGAUCCAUCCUCUUACUCGCAUGUGCAGCAAGGGCUCGUCGGCGAACGGCGGAGUCAUCAAGGAGAAGGCUGCUCUCCAUAGAGCCCUGUCGAAGAAGCUCCACCAGCCCAGCGGGUCCAAGGGGCUCAAGGCAAGCAAGUUCAACACCGUCAGCUUCAACCGCCGGGUGAAGGAGGAGGGGAAAUCGCUGCUUGCCAAGGACAAGGCUCUUGCUGCUAAGGGCAAGUUUUCCAAGGCCUCUGGAGCAGCAGCGCAGAUCCUACAGCUGAUGAGGCAGUCGGGCAACUUCGCUGUCCCCUCCAUGGGCUACGUCGGCCCAAAACUUUGA